AAAAGAUAGAAAAAGCAAAGAGAGAGAGAGAGAGAGAGAGAGAGAGAGAAAGAGGGGGAGAGAGAGAGAGAAUUUAUCGUCUGGGAAUAUAUCUGUGGAUUUUCACGUUGAUUGGUCACAAAUUUCUCUUCUUUUCUUGCGCUGCAUUCACACACAAUCGCUGCGUCUCUCUCAUUGAUCCAUCACAAAAUCUCUCUGAAAAUCUGUUUGUCCGGCACCGUUGAUUUGGUGGACUUCUUCAUCUGAUCGAUCUCGGAAAAAGCAUUCUGCGGCGUGGUCUGACUGUUGGCUGACUGAAUUCGUGAUCGGCGACGGGAGUGUCGGUGAUCGAUGCCUGAGAAUCGGCAGGCGCAGAGCAAUGGCGCUGUGUACAACCAACCAGUCGAUGACCUUGAAGAUGCGAUAAGUAGGUUGAAAAUUGGGGGAAAUGAUGAUCGGGAAAGUGGAGGGGUGGCAAAUUCGUGCCCGUAUCCAGAGCGUCCGGGUGAACCGGAUUGCAUAUACUAUUUGAGAACUGGGAUGUGUGGUUAUGGAAGCAAUUGUAAGUUUAAUCAUCCUGCUGCGGCUGGAAAGGGUGGUCAGUACAGAGGUGAACUGCCGGAAAGAGUUGGACAACCUGACUGUGGGUAUUAUCUCAAGACAGGAACCUGCAAAUAUGGAUCAACAUGUAAAUAUCAUCACCCACGGGAUAGGCAUGGUGCUGGACCUGUUCCGUUGAAUAUUCUGGGCCUACCCAUGCGUCAGGAUGAGAAGCCUUGCCCUUUUUACAUGAGAACUGGAUUGUGCAAGUUUGGAGCUGGAUGCAAGUUUGAUCAUCCUCAACCUGCAUCAGCUGGAAACAUCUUACCCAUUCCUGGACCUGCUACUUAUGGAUCUUCAGGCUCAACAGUUUUGCCUUCAUCUGGCCUGCCUUUAGUUGGAGGAGUUUCAACUGUGUCAUUGACAAGGCCACCAUAUUUAUCUGCUCCCCCUGUGCAAGGCCCCCAAGGCUAUAUGCCUAUCGUUGUGUCUCCCAGUCCCACUCAAGGUGUUUCUCAUGGCUGGAACACUUACCUGGGUUUGUCUCCUACCAGUGUUCCGGGAUCUAAUCUUGUUUAUACCUCCAAGAGUCAUGGAGAGUCAGGUUCCAGUGGUCUGGUGCACCUGUUAUCUACAUCAAUUCCUCAUCUACCUGAGAGACCAGAUCAACCAGAAUGCCGGCAUUUCAUGAGCACUGGAACCUGCAAAUACGGAUAUGAGUGCAAGUAUCAUCACCCACGAGAAAGGAUCGAACAGUUGGCAACAAAUUCUCUAGGUCCACUUGGGCUUCCAUUAAGACCUGGACAAGCUGUCUGUUCAUACUACAGCUUGUAUGGACUGUGCAAGUAUGGUCCGACGUGCAAAUUUGAUCACCCACUGACAGGAUACUCUUAUAACUACAGUUUGAGUUUUCCUACUCUUCCUGUAUUUGAUUCAUCUAUGUUGCAAUACCAGAGGAACUCGCCCCCUGUCCUCUUAUCGGAUACAUAUCCCCCUAAAUCAUCCAAGGGUCCCGACUGGGUAAGAAGACGCGAUGCUGCAGCCAACAAAAACCAGAAAGUGGAUAUCGAAACUACUGAAAAUUCACCAGAACAGGCUGGUUCACCUGAUCACUUGCCAGCUGCUUCUUCAGAGCUUCCAAACGAUGAAUCCGAUUGAUGUGAUUCGUCUUCUUUUGCGACACGGUUUCAUUUUGCUGCUGCUGCUGCUGCUGCUGUUGUUGUCAGGCAUGCAUUUGACGACACGUGCCUCCAGGCCCCCCUUCACCUGCGGCUCCGUGGAAUAGGAUAGGUUGUCCCGGGUUCGGAAAAUGGUGGGGGUUGUGAAGGCUCUUUUUUGUGGUGAAUAAAAUGCAGGUGAAUUGAGUUGUAGGAACCCUCCUUCCUUCCUUCCUUCCUUCCUCUCCCCCUCCUUAACUCAAAAAGACUUCUUUUCACAUUUUUGAAGAUGUUGUACUGAGAUUUCACCAAAAGUGAUUGUUAUGGAAUGUGAAAAUUUGACAUUUUUAUGGAUCUGGAUAAAGUUGCUUACAAACCAUACUCCCUUUUUAUUUGCAUC